AUGGAUAAUUAUCCAAUCAUUAAACCCUUGAUAGGUACUGCCUGUGAGGGUGGUGAGGAGAGUUUGAUGCCUGGCAGCCUUGUGAGCAAUAUGUCACGGUGUCUAAAAGCGGAAAAUCUGAAGCUCAAGAAAGGCGAUAUGAAAGUUCUUGGUGUUUGUGCAAAAUUGAAGUGUGAGGAUGGAAAGAAGGUGAGUGUACAGCUCAAAGGUUAUGGUAAAGAUGAAUGGCAUAAUUGCGAAGAGGAUAAAAAUGAAAUUAAACUGGUUGGUUCAGAGUUCAGUGAGGGAAGUAUUAAGUGUCCCAAAUACGAAGAAGUGUGCAUUGGGUUGCUUGAAGCUGAAGUUCCUACCAGCAUUAAGUUUUACAAUGGCAAAAGUGUUACUGACGGGUACGUGGGUGAUGUGAAAGAUGAGGAAAAAGAAGCGAAACCAGUACAGGUUCAGAAGCUGCCCCACGUGUCACUACCUCCACCCGGUCCUCUUGUGAAUGAAGAUGGAGAAUCCUCCGCGCUAGACCAUCAAGUAGCGCGGGAAGAAGCUGCAUCCUUGUCAAACCCUCCGAAUGUCAAUAGAGAAACCGAAUCGCUGCCAUCACACCCUACGGGUGAAAACGUGGAAAAGAACAUAGAAAGCACUGGUCUUUCUAAUGUGGGUGCGUUACGCAAUGAUGAACGUCUCGACACGAACGCCGCCAAUCCCGCAGAGCACUCUUUGAGCCACAAGAGUAAUGAUACGAACCAGCUGACAGUUGCAGAGCAAUCGCGAGAGAAUGAGUCCCCUGUUAAUUCGCUUCCACCCGCCCAGAGCUCACCUGUUCCUGCCCCUGCUGUCGUUGGCCCCUAUGACCGUGCAAGGGCCAAUGAAGAUUUACCGACAGAAAAGAGCGUUGAAGGCGAUAAAACAACAUCACCCAAAGCUGAAGACCAGAGGCAAACACCAACCCAAACACCACAAACUAAAGUUCCAUUACCAAACGAGGUAAAAACACCGACCGUGGAGUCAACAUCGCAACUCGAGAAUUCUUCUACAUCUCCCACUGAAGUUCAAAGUGAUGCUGAAAGAGAAGAGCUUCCAUCGAGAAAUCGUCGUGGUACUGAUGAUGAUGCCUCAUCCACAUCUAAUCCCAACACUGUUGAUGCUGCAAAUGAAUCGUCUUCUCACACGGCAAAUAACGGUACUUUGAAUGGUACAAACUUCACUGAGGACCAAAUAAAAGAAGAAACACUAAAACAUACAAAUGUAAUGGGUGCGUUGGGUCCUGACAGCAGCAUCAUGUUCACUUCCUACAUGGCCCCUCUUGCACUUCUUGUGGGUGUUGUUGGUUUUGUGAUGGUUCCAUAA